AUGAAGAAGGAAGAGGAAGGGAAGAAGAAGGAAGAAGAAAGAAAAGGGAAGAAGAGGAAAAAGAAGGAAGAGGAGGAGAAGAAAAGAAAAGGGAAGAAGGGGAAGAAGAAGAGAAAAAGGGGAAGAAAGAGAAGAAAGAGGAAGAAGGGGAUGAAGAGGAAGAAGAGGAAGAAGAGGAAGAAGAGAAAGAUGAGAAAGGAAGAGAAAGAAAAGAGAAAGAAGAGAACGGAGGAGAGGAAAAGAGUAGAAGAGAAGAAGGGGAAGAAAUAG